AGAAUUUGAUCGCUAACUAUAUGUAUUUAUGUGUCUUAUUUUUGCAAUACUUUUUUUUGUAAGAUAUAAUGCUGAUUUCAGCACAGGUAUUUUCAUAGAAGACGAUUACUAAGCUGAUCGCAUGACUACAUAGGAUUAUUUCCAUUUCUACGUAGAUCGAUCUGGAAUCGUUUAUAUAUGCAGAACGAACGUCUUGCGUUACGAGAAAGAAAUUUAGCGUUUCACGUCCCGUGUGACGUCCCUCCGUUACUCCUGAAGCUUCAUUCAUGAAUAUCCCCACUUCAUUCUUACCUACGUCAUCAGUUAUUUCUCGUAUGACUCCUCCCACUAACUUUGUCGUAAACUAACAUAUUUACUAUUCUUAUAUUUUUUCAAUGACGUCCGACGCUAAUAAUAAGUUUUUGUGUGUGUGUGUAACAUACGUUUAUUGUAAAUGCACUCAAAAAAAAUUGAAUUAAUAUGAGUGCUAAAAUAAUUAAAAUCGUGACAUAAUACUUGGAUAUGAUACACGGGUAAUAUUUUAUAUUUCGAUUAGACACGAAGAAAAAAAAAAAUAAAAAAGAAAAAGAUAAACAUAAUACAAUUUCAAUUUGCUUUACAAGCAAGCUUUGAACGUUUCUUAUCGCUUUAAUUCGAUUGUCUGAUAUACGUAACCCUGAUAAAAGUAACAGAUAUUAGACUAUUUUAAGGUCAUUUCGUAUUGCUAAGAAUCAUUAUUGAAUGUACUCAUUUAAUCAACUUUAUCGCUCGUGAAACGUUGAAUAAAACGUUAGCGUUAAAAGUUUUACGCUCGAUGACUCGUUUGCUUCUCGAUGACGUCAAUGAUGCUUUCGAUGCGAUGCUGUUGAUGUGACGUCUGAGUAAAUAAGUCAUAGAUCAGACAAAAAAAUGAAGACAGUAGGGAGCUUCAUCUCGUUCCUCCUCGUUAUUCUGCAUAAUUCGAGCUUGACGAAUUGUCUGUGCAACUUGGAGAGCGAAACGGAGGCGCAAUGUCACAAAUUAGAGGACGUCAAAUACAUCGAUGUCUUUCAAUUGGAAACGUUGAAAGUCACAAAGAUCGACGACGCGUUGGAUCCGGAGAUUUUAAAGAACUUGACCAAUUUGAAACAUUUGGAUUUGUCUGAUGGCGGUUUGAAAAGAAUAGAACCUGGUACUUUUCGAACGUUGGUCAGCUUGAAGAGUCUUGACCUAUCGAACAACAGAUUGGAAUACUUGAACUUGUCAUCGUUAGAGGGACUACACGAGUUACGUAGUUUGAAUCUUCGAAGGAAUAAUAUCGCUCAGUUGCCAGUCGUAUUGUUACGUUUGAAGAAUCUGAAGCAUUUGGAUGUACAUGGCAAUCCGCUUCAAUGUAAUUGCGCAACGUUACUCGUAAGAGAUUUGUUGGUAACGAGAGGUGUCAAGUUGUCGAAGAAGGUUACUUGUGUUAGCCCGAAUAGUUGGAAAGGUUCGUCUCUUUUGAAGUUGGAGACAAAGAAGAUUUGUAGAGAGGAGCAGGAUGAUAAAGAGAUGUUAGGUGAUCAGCCGUACCAGGGAUCAGGGGAUGUAGGUUCUGGCGAUGUUUUUGACGAGAUAGAUGCCGAUGAUGAGUUUCAAGAUAUUUCGGAAAGUUCGGAGAAAAUACCGGUUCAAGAGAUCGAGACUCCAGCUCCGGAGAUAAAGCAGUUAUCCAGCUUGGAACCAUCCACGACUGCAUCGAUGGUAACGACAACGGAAAUUAUCUCCAGUAUUAACGGAACUUCACAUCCAACAGUAACAACCGAAUCGUCUCUUGAAAAAUUUAUGAAGGAAUCCGAAGAGUUGUUUUUUGAUUCCGAGGAACAGAAACAAAAGUUUACUACUGAAAUGUCACAGAAAAAGCCAGUGAAGGAUAGUUUGUUUUAUCCCGUUGAAGGAUCGGGAGACGAAGGUUCUGGUGUAGAGGGUUCUGGUUUUGAUAUACCGCCUCACGACGAUGAAGAAGCCGAUGAAAAAUCAGAAUCUGUCGAGGUCUAUACGUCGACCACUUCUAGCGAAAGUCUUCUCGAUAUGAUCUUUGGUGUAUUUACUGGCUCGACUUCUACCGAAAACAAAAAAGAACCUAGUCUCGAAGAAGAAGAAUUUAUAGAUGCUUCGCCAACGAAAAUUGUCCAUGAAGCUGGAGAAGUGUCCGUUACAAAGUCGGUAACGAAAGUAACAACUGCGAGCGUUCCAGUUGCCUCUUCAACAAUUGGUCCAGAAUUAGUAGUAGUUAACGAGGCCGACGAUAUGUCGAAAUUGGGUACGAUACGAUUAGACGAACCAGCCGAAGUCGCUAGUAUAAACAAUGAAUUAGCGGAGGUGUCACCAGCGAGACAAUCUAAAAAAGGAAUGGGUUCUUACGUUGUCCUGGCUGCCUUGUUAGUCAUUCUUGCGGCUUUGAUCGGAUUCGCAGCUUACAAGGGCGACUUUUGUAGGAAGAAAAGAAAACGAAGUGACGUUGAGAAUGGUACCGAAAUGAAGGAUAUGCAGAAGUCUCUUUUAGAUACGGCCAAUCAAACGCAACCGAAAAUAGCAUCGAAUGGUAGUCCGGAAAAUAUGCCAUUGGUGGAUAGUACGAUCGAACACGAAGACACAAAAGAGUCUACGGGGUCUCAGGAGAGAACCAGAAGUCAAAAUGGUCAUCAGGAUCACUUAGACCAUACGGAUCCCGUGAAACCUCCAAGAAAAGUAAUGGGUACACAGGAAGAGACGAAGCCCGUUCAAGAGGCUCUGCAGGACUCGAUAUCCUCGAAAGACGAAUCAUUUUCAGCGAGGACAACUCCCGUGGAAUCAGCAAGAACGACCAGUCCGCGUCUUUCAGAAACAAACGGUCCACCCUUAAGUCCUGGAGCUCAAAGAGUAAAGAUUAUUCUUCAAGAGAAUCCAGAUAGCGUUCCAAAAACGCCUAUACUCAUAACGCGAACGUCCGUAGGUGAUAAUCUAGUCAAGACACCGUGAAACGAGCUUCUAGGUCGAAUCGUGUCACUUAAGGAAGGACCAGACUAAUGACGUAACGAAAUGCAAACGAAAGAAUACCGAGAAACGUCAAGUGACUCAAGGAAGUGUAUAUGGAUAAUGCGAUUGGUUGGUUCCUAGGCCCUACGUGUCAGGGCCACUUUUGAAAUACGACGAGAUAUCGAAAAUUUUGAUGUAUUAUAAGACGUAUUCCGCAAAAAUAUUACUCGAAUAUUUGAUCUAGCGGGACUAUCUUCAUUUUUACGACGCGACGAGAACACGAAGAGUGAGCACGAGCUAACAGGACUUGUACAUAUCUUUUAUCUUCUUUUUUUUGUUUGUUUUCUUUUUCGACGAUAUGAAUAAUUAAAAAAAAAAAAAAAAAAAAAAAA